AUGGGCCGGCCCUGCGAGGAGAUAAGGGAGGCAACCAGUAAUUUCACAGAGGCGCUGGUGAUCGGCGUGGGCGGCUUUGGGAAAGUGUUCUGCGGCGUCGUGGACGACGGUACCAAGACUAAAGUGGCCAUCAAGCGGUGGAACCCGUCACCGGAGCAGAGCAUGCACGAGGCCCAGGCGAAGAUCGAGGCGCUGUCCAAGCUGCGGCACCCGCACCUUGUCUCCCUCAUUGGCUUUUGUCUGUUUAAGAAGGAGAUGAUCCUCGUGUGCGAAUACAUGGAGCACGGCACGCUUCGGGAGCACCUGUACAACAACAGCGGCAAGCCGGUGCUAUCAUGGCGGCACCGCCUCCACAUGUGCAUCGGCGCCGCGCGGGGCUUGCACUACCUCCACACCGGCGGCAUCAUCCACCGGAACGUCAAGACCACCACCAUCCUCAUCGACAAGAAUUGGGUCGCCAAGGUGUCGGACUUCGGCUUCCCCAAGUCCGCCCUGACCAGGGCGAGCCAAAUGCACCUCAGCACCAGUCAUGUCAACGGGAGCUACGGAUACACUGACCCGGAGUAUUUUUGUCGGGAGCAGCUCACCGACAAGUCAGACGUCUACUCCUUCGGCGUCGUGCUCUUGGAGGUGCUUAUGGCAAGGACGGAGCUGAACCCGGCGCUGCCAAGUGACCAGGUCAGCCUCGCCAAAUACGCGCUUGCCUGCCAGCGGAACGGCACCCUGCCGGACGCCGUCGACCCGGUGAUCAAGGACGAGAUCACGCCAGAAUGCCUCGAGAAAUUCGCCGAGACGGCCGUGAGGUGCCUCGCUGACCAAGGCAUGGAGCGGCCUACCAUGGGGGGCGUGUUGUCGAACCUAGAGCUGGCGAUGCAGCUGCUUAAUUCCAUGCCGAUGCAAAAUAAACCACUGAUACAACAAAAUCAUAUGUUGUAUGUGUAG